UUGAUACCACCUUAUCGGAAUGAAUUAUGUAUGCAUGUAUAAGGCUAAAUAGUUCACAGGAAUAUCUAUGCACAACUUUGUGCAUCACCACCCUUGCAGAUUUACAAUAUAUUCUACAAAUUAUAAAGAACCCAGACUUAUCCAACUUUAGAGUUAAAGCAAAUAAAAUUGUAGUUAAUUACCUCCUAACUUUUAAAAUAUUUACUUCCAUCGUUAAUAAGAUUAAAAUAAAAUCAUUCUUGUCACAAAAUCAUAUCUGAAAGUUUCAAGAUGCAACUUAAACAUCGUGCGUACAUUCUUCAACCAUGCUGGGGUUUCUAUUUGCAAGGAUCUGUAAAAGUUCUGGCUCUGGUGGAAAUUGGUAUCCAAUUCGCCACAUUUUUCAUCUUCGGCUACCAUGACGUUAUCCAAGAAGACAUUUUUGAGCGUAAAUGUGAAAGCAAGCAAGAUUGGGUCUUGCUUACACUUUGGAUUUAUACGCAUCUUCACAAGAUAAUUUCCAUCAUUGUUGCAAUUAUUUUGUUCAAUGCCGCAACUAAGAGGGCUAAAACAACCCUAAAAUGCUGCCUAUUUGCCGAAAUUUUUUUCUACUUGGGCCUCCUAGCUUCAAUCGUUACUCUAAAUGUCGUGCUUCGGGGCAACUGGAUUCUCCCGAUUGAUAUUGUAUUUUUGGUGUACAAAAUCUACUCCUUUUGGGUAUUGCAUUCCUUUAUUCGAGAAAUUACUCAGAACGAUAAGGCCUUUGGAGCCGACAAUGCAUUAUCGGACGCCGAAUUGGACGAUUUUUUCUCCGAGGAUGGAUACAACUCAUUUCACGGAACCGCGUAUAAGAAAGAGUUCGAAAUUCCUAUAUCCAAUCUGCGCAUCGAUUCUUUAAUCGCACGCACACGUCAGGAGAGGUUCGAAAUCUAUAAGGCCAAACUAUCCACAAUUAACGGCACCACAGGACUUUGUGAGGUGAAAACCGUCGCUGUCAAAAGUGCGCAUACAGAAAAUUUCAUGCCAUUGAUGAGAGAACUUAUGAUACUGAAUUGUAUCGGAAAGCAUGAGAAUCUAGUCAAUCUGAUCGGAGCAUGCACGAUGGAUGUCAAGCAAAGAAAUCUAUCCCUCGUAAUGGAAUACUGUUCAUUUGGAGACUUGUUAUCCUAUCUUAUUGCCAAUAAAAAUUGGUUUAUGACCGAUAUGGGGGAUUGGAGCAAUUCGCACAGUGACUAUGCAGCUUGGCAAAGUACUUUAAUCUUAUCGGACUUGUUACGAUGGGCGGCUGAUACGGCCAGAGGCAUGGAAUUCAUUGCCAGCGAAAGGGUAAUUCACGGAGAUUUGGCUGCGAGAAAUGUACUGCUUUCGUUUGAUCGCAGAGCAAAAAUUACUAAUUUUGGCCUAACUACUACAACCUUCGCACAUCAAAAUAAUGACAACUUACCCCUUAAAUGGAUGUCCCCCGAAGCGAUAACUGAUCUAAGGUUCUCAACCUACUCUGACGUCUAUUCGUACGGGAUCACUUUAUGGGAAUAUUUCUCAGCCGGUCAAACGCCUUACGCAGAGAAUAGGUAUUAUGACACCAAUUUUAUUGAGCAGUUAAAAAGUGGUGAAUUACGACCUGGACGCCCUGAAUUUGCCAGUGAAGAAAUAUACCAAGAGAUGAGCAAAUGUUGGGCAUUGGAUCCUACAAGUAGACCAACCUUUACCGAAUUGAGAAUCACUUUUGAAAAGCUUUACAUGGAGCAUGAAAAAAGUCUGGGGUCGAAUUAUUUACGGAGAAUGUAGGUUAAUACAUAAAUUAAGUGUAUUUUUCAUGAAAAUGUUUCAUGCAUACGUGCAAAAAGACGGCUGUACACUCCGCAAGUAAUUUAUUUACACGAAAUUAAGUUAAAAAACUUCCUAAUUACCAUAAUAAAUACUUCCAAAUAUUUAUCUA